AUGCGUUCGGAUUUUUUUGUUAAUUCAUCAAAUUUAACAAUUGAAUCAAAAAGUGUUUAUGCUUUUCUUGGUAUUCCAUAUGGUGAACCACCUAAUAAUGAAAAACGUUUUCGUAAACCAAUUCCAAAACGAUCAUGGACACGUGGUACUAUAUAUGAUGCAACAAAAUUACCAAAUUCAUGUUAUCAAAUGAUUAUUGAAUUUUUUAAUACAACAGGCGAAAAAAUUUGGGCACCAUUUACACCAUUAAGUGAAGAUUGUUUAUAUUUAAAUAUUUGGACACCAAUAACAGCACAACAACAAAAACAACCAUUAGCUGUUAUGAUAUGGAUUUAUGGAGGAGGUUUUACAUCAGGAUCAAGCGCAUUACAUAUUUAUGAUGGUUCAAUAUUAGCUUCAACACAAAAUGUAAUUGUUGCUUCGAUGGAAUAUCGUGUUGAAUCACUUGGUUUUCUUUAUUUGGGUACAACUGAUGCACCAGGUAAUCAAGGUUUAUAUGAUCAAUUAUUAGCUAUUGAAUGGAUAUAUAAAAAUAUAAAAAAUUUUGGUGGUGAUCCUCAACGUAUAAGUUUAUUUGGUGAAUCAGCCGGUGCCGUUUCUGUUGGUUUACAUUUAUUAUCACCAAAAUCACGUCCUUUUUUUCAUAAUGCUAUAUUAGAAAGUGCUGGUCCAAGUGCUAAAUGGGCUGUUUUAAGUCCACAAAUAGCAAAAUAUCGUUCAGAAAAAUUUUUAGAUAUUUUUACACGUUAUAUAACUGAACGUUAUCAAUCAGGUCCAUCAGAUUUUGAAUAUGCAUAUAUACCACAAGAAUGUAAAGAACGUAUGAUAACAAUUGAAGAUAAAUUUAAAUGUAUUAAAAAUUAUCCAAUAUUAAGUCAAAAUCAUUUUCGUUCAUCAUGGGCACUUGAAUCUUAUAAUGGUGGUCCUGUUGGUUAUACAUUUGUACCAACAAUUGAUGGUGAUUUUAUACCUUAUGAUCCUGAACAAAUGUUAAUUAAAGGUGAUUUUAAAAAAUGUCCUAUUUUAUUAGGUGUAAAUAGAGAUGAAGGAUCAUAUUUUAAUGUUUAUGUACCAUAUGGAAAUAUGAGUAUUGAUUCAUUACCGAAUGUUGAUUAUAAAACAUUUAAACUUGCUAUUAAAGAAUAUUUUCGAUAUAUGCCAACAUAUCCAACAGAAAGAGCACCUAUGAUAUUAGAAAGUAUUUUACAGACAUAUACAAGAUGGCAUGAUUAUACUAAUACAGUACAGAAUGCUAUUCAAUUGAGUUUAGCUGUUGGAGAUUAUCAUUUUACAUGCCCAACUGUAUUUCUUGCUGAUAUCUAUGCACAAGAGAAUCUUCCACUUUAUUUUUAUCAUUUUACUUUACGUUCUUCUACAAAUCCUUGGCAUGAAUGGAUGGGUGUACUUCAUGCUGAUGAAAUAAUGUUUAUUUUUGGCGAACCAUUAAAUAUCACUGAUGAUCUUCAUUAUACACUUGAAGAAAUAAUAGCCAGUCAAAAGAUAAUGGCAUAUUGGACUAAUUUUGCAAAAUACAGCAAUCCAAAUCAACGACAUGAUGCACAAUGGGCUAAUGAAUGGCGUCAGUAUAAAUGGCCAAGUCGAGAACAUAUUGUAUUAAAUAUUAAUUUAAGUAAAAAUCUUUCUCCUGAUCAUGGUACAGCUGUUCGUGCUGAUUAUUGUUCAUUUUGGCUUGAUUUUAUACCAAAAUUAGCAAGCGCAACUUCAAAUAUUAGUGAAGAAGAAACACGAUGGAAACAUGAAUUUCGUCAAUAUCAAGAACGUAUUGAACAAUGGGAUCAUUAUUAUAAAAAAUAUUUUGCAUUACUUGAAAAAAAUGGCGAUAAACUUCUUAAUUGUAUUGGUUAA